UGCCAUGUGCUUUUAUUAGUAUAUCUUCAUUGCUCUCUAGUGAAGAAUGCCUAGCCAACUGAGCCACAGGAUUGUCAGUCUAGUUGCUUGGAUAGUUUCCUCUUUACUUACCCAAACAUAUGGAAUAAAUGAAUCAAGACCCAAUAUUUUGUUGAUAAUGGCAGAUGAUCUUGGAUAUGGAGAUUUAGGAUGCUUUGGUAAUAAUACCAUCAGGACACCUAAUAUUGAUCAGCUAGCAAAGGAAGGAGUAAAACUCACUCAACAUAUUGCUGCAGCUUCAGUGUGUACCCCAAGUAGAGCAGCUUUUCUGACUGGCAGAUACCCCAUCAGAUCAGGCAUGGUAUCUCAAACCAAAAAACGUGUUUUCAUUCGGACUGGUGCCUCAGGAGGUUUGCCUGAAAAUGAAACAACAUUUGCUAAAUUGCUUCAGCAGAAAGGUUAUGCCACUAGUAUUAUAGGAAAAUGGCACCAAGGUGUGAACUGUGAAUCCCGUAAUGAUCACUGCCACCAUCCUUUAAAACAUGGCUUUGAUUAUUUCUAUGGUAUACCAUUGACCCUACUAAAUGAAUGCCAGGCUAACAAGGAUCCGGAGGUGGAUGUACAGCUGCAAGCUACCUAUUGGUUUUGCACACAGAUGGUUGCCCUCUUAGUGUUUACUCUUCUUCUGAUAAAGAUGGCUACUUUGUUCCCUGUGAAAUGGAAAACAAUUGCUUUCAUAACUUUUUGUGGCAUAUUAUUUUUUAUUUCCUGGUUUGCCAAUUAUGGAUUUGUAAGAUACUGGAACUGUUUGUUGAUGAGAGAUCACACAGUUAUUGAACAACCAAUAAACCUAGAAAACGCUGCCUCCAGGAUAGUGAAAGAAUCUGUUGCGUUUAUUGAACGAAACAAAAAAAGACCAUUCCUGCUCUUUGUUUCCUUCCUCCAUGUCCACACGCCCUGCUUCACCACAAAGAUAUUUCAUGGGAAAAGCCAGCAUGGUUUAUAUGGAGACAAUGUAGAAGAGAUGGACUGGAUGGUAGGAAGAAUUCUUGCUGCUGUUGACAGAGUGGGAUUAAGGAAUAACACUUUUACUUAUUUUACUUCUGAUCAUGGAGGAUAUUUGGAAUUUAGAGAUGGGAAUAUCCAGGUUGGUGGUUGGAAUGGUAGACUUAAAGGUGGAAAGGGCAUGGGAGGUUGGGAAGGAGGAAUCCGUGUGCCUGGAAUAGUUAGAUGGCCAGGAAAGGUUGCUCCUAAUACUGUUCUUGAUGAACCCACAAGCCUGAUGGAUAUUUACCCCACUGUGGCUCAUUUGGCUGGGGCAUCAGUGCCACAAGACAGGAUAAUCGAUGGGAAGAACCUAAUACCUUUACUGUGGAAAGAUCAACACUCAGAGCAUGAAUUCAUGUUUCACUACUGUGGGUCACAUUUACAUGCGGUGCGUUGGUAUCAGAAAGAGAGUAAGUAUAAAUUGUCUCUCUUGAGUAUAUGCCGUACAUUUCCAGGUGUGUGUGUGUGACAAAGUAGACUCCACUACUUUCUUUUUCCUCGAUUUUUCAUUUAAUAUGCAUAGAUUCAUGCUUGCACACCAUAAACAUGGCUUACUGUUUCUCUUCUAAGUGUUGCCAUUCUUAUCUUGGGAGUUGUUCAUUCUACUGUACAGUUACUUUACGGUUCUGCAAAAUUGAAAAAUCAGUAAGGCUUGAUUUAGUUACUUUUUUAAAAAGCUAUAGUUUUUGUUGGAAGAUGUGCUCUGAAAACAAACCACCAUUGCAAAAUGGAUGCCACGGAUGUAUUUUUUUUAAUUAUAUAUAUUUUUUAUUUUUAAACAAACAAGCACAGACAGACAUAAAACAUAAAAC